UGUUCCAGGUCGGCUAACAAGCCCCACCCCUUUUCCCGGGCAGGUCCCACCCAGCUCCCCAGAGGCCACGCCUCCCCACUAGGCUGCUGCAGCCGGUGAUUUUCCAGCCAGAGAUCUUCAUAUAGAGAGAGCCAGAGAGACCGGAGGAGCACUGAGCGGAGGACAGGCUGCAGGAGUCAAGAAUGUCCAACAAGGAGAAGUUACAGUACCUAAAGGACUUUCACAAGGACAUCCUUAAACCCUCCCCAGGGAAGAGCCCAGGGACCCGGCCGGAGGAUGAGGCUGACGGGAAGCCGCCCCAGAGGGAGAAGUGGGCCAGCAAGAUCGACUUUGUGCUGUCUGUAGCUGGUGGCUUCAUCGGCCUCGGGAACGUCUGGCGAUUCCCGUACCUCUGCUACAAGAACGGCGGAGGUGCUUUCCUCAUCCCAUAUUUCAUCUUCCUGUUCGGGGGCGGUUUACCCGUGUUCUUCCUGGAGGUGGUUCUGGGGCAGUUCACAUCUGAAGGUGGUAUCACCUGCUGGGAGAAGAUCUGCCCCAUCUUUACCGGAAUCGGCUAUGCCUCCAUCGUAAUUGUGUCCCUCCUGAAUGUCUACUACAUCGUCAUCCUGGCCUGGGGCGUCUAUUACUUAUUCCAGUCCUUCCGGGGCCAGCUGCCGUGGGCUCUGUGCCACCAGGCGUGGAAUACCGAGAACUGCGUGGAGGACACUUUCCGGAAGAACCGGACGAUGUGGCUGGCGCUGAACUCCAGCAACUUCACCUCCCCCGUCACAGAGUUCUGGGAGCGCAAAGUUCUUACUUUAUCAAAGGGAAUAGAUGACGUUGGGGUGGUCAAGUGGGACCUGGCACUGUGUUUGCUCCUCACCUGGGUCAUCUGCUUCUUCUGUAUCUGGAAGGGCGUCCAUUCUACAGGCAAGGUGGUGUAUUUUACAGCCACCUUCCCAUUCAUCAUGCUGCUUGUGUUACUGAUCCGUGGGGUCACCUUGCCUGGAGCCGCAGAAGGGAUCAAAUUCUACCUGUACCCGGACAUCACCCGACUGAGGGAUCCGCAGGUCUGGAUUGACGCUGGCACCCAGAUCUUCUUCUCCUACGCCAUCUGCCUGGGAGCCAUGACGUCCUUGGGGAGCUACAACAAGUACAAGUACAACUGCUAUAGGGACUGUAUGCUGCUGGGAUGCCUCAACAGUGGUACCAGUUUUGUGUCUGGCUUCGCAAUUUUUUCCGUCCUGGGCUUCAUGGCACAAGAGCAAGGGGUGGACAUUGCAGAUGUGGCAGAGUCAGGUCCUGGCCUGGCAUUCAUCGCUUACCCCAAAGCCGUGUCUAUGAUGCCCCUGCCCUCCUUCUGGGCAAUUCUCUUCUUCAUUAUGCUUCUGCUGCUUGGACUGGAUAGCCAGUUUGUUGAAGUUGAAGGACAGAUCACCUCAUUGGUUGAUCUAUACCCGUCCUUCCUACGGAAGGGUUACCGGCGAGAGAUCUUCAUCGCUAUUGUGUGUUUCCUCAGCUAUCUUCUGGGGUUGACUAUGAUCACAGAAGGCGGCAUGUACGUAUUCCAGCUCUUUGACUACUAUGCAGCUAGCGGUGUUUGCCUCCUGUGGGUUGCAUUCUUUGAAUGUGUUGCUGUGGCCUGGGUAUAUGGCGCUGAUAAAAUGUACGACAAUAUUGAGGAUAUGAUUGGCUACAGGCCAGGCCCAUGGAUGAAGUGGAGCUGGUGUUAUAUCACGCCUCUGCUGUGUGUGGGUUGUUUUAUCUUCUCUCUAGCCAAAUACACCCCACUCACCUACAAUAAGUAUUACACCUAUCCGGACUGGUCAAUCGGCUUGGGUUGGGUCCUGGCUCUCUCCUCAAUGGUCUGUAUCCCGCUGGUCGUGGUCUAUCGGAUUCUGCGCUCUGAAGGAGGGUUUAUUGAGAGGAUCAAAUCCGUUACAGCUCCCAGAGAGCUAGAGCGCUGGGCCAAGGAAGAAGAAGGCUCCGCCCCCUUCUGCCCCAACGGUGAUCACAAGAAACCAACUCACGUCAUUGUCGAGACCAUGAUGUGACAGAGGGCCCCACCCCCUCAUCUAUAGGGGGGGGGGAAGAAAACGCACCACCUACCCAGCUGUUUACUAACCCUCUCCUUAGCGUCGAGUCUGGAGAUCUCUAUUUGCACUAGAAUUUGAUUGGUCAGCUCUUGUAGAGAAAACGUUGUAUAAUAUGUGUGCGCGCACGUGCGUAUUUCAUAACAUUUUGUAGUGAGGUCUCGAUCUCUCGGUGCAGAGACCACCUCAUGUCAAAGAUUUUAAAAGAUUUGAUUUUUAUAUAUAUUGCAAUAUAUGCGAAUUAUUUUUAUCAAUUUUAUCUACCUCCACUCAGGAGUUGGUUCUUAAAAAAAAAAAAAAAAAAAGUGACAGAUGGUCACAUUAAAAAAAA